AUGGACGCCCACAUAGCCCGCCUUCUCAAUGAUAAGCUCUAUGAAAAGCGGAAGACUGGCGCUCUCGAGCUUGAGCGAUCUAUCCGUGAGCAGAUCGUCGCAAAGGACUAUAGCAAGGUCCAGAGUAUCAUCCAGCAGCUGUGUGACGAAUAUGCAUACGCCGUACACCAACCACAUGCGAGGAACGGUGGCCUUAUAGGCUUGGCCGCGGCAGCUAUCGCCCUCGGUCCAGAGCUCCCCAGAUAUCUAGAGACAAUUGUGCCCCCUGUACUCGCUUGCUUCACCGACCAGGAUGCUCGUGUUCGCUAUUAUGCAUGCGAGUCUAUGUAUAACAUCGCAAAGGUUGCUAAAGGAGAAAUACUACGAUAUUUUAACCACAUAUUUGACGCCCUAUGCAAGCUAGGCGCCGACUCGGAGCUAUCUGUUAAAAAUGGCGCGGAGCUUCUCGAUCGCCUCAUCAAAGACAUAGUCUCCGAAUCUGCUGCUACAUACGUGUCAGUGUUGGAGUCCGCCGAUGAGAAGGACUCGGAUACCCAGGACGCCCAAAAUAUCUCCAGCCUUCCGACUGCCUUUUCCCUGCCUAGAUUUAUUCCCUUGCUGAAAGAGCGUAUAUGGGUCAUCAAUCCAUUCACUCGUACAUUCCUUGUAGGCUGGAUUACUCUCCUCGAUUCCAUUCCUGAUCUUGAACUUGUGACAUAUUUGCCAGAAUUCUUGGGCGGUCUGCUCAAAUUUCUUAGCGGCAACAACGCGGAUGUUCGAGUUGCGACACAGAGCUGUUUAGAUAAGUUCCUGAACGAAAUUAAUAGAAUUGCUCGGGUGAAGAAAGGCAUCGCCGAGAGUAAACAGUCCAAAGGGGAUGGGAAGCGGAAAAGGGAAGACUCCAUCGAAAGCGGAAGCGCGCGAGUGGCUCCCGAGGAUGUCGAAGCAGAAGGCUCCAUCACAGCUAUAGACGAUGCUGACGAAGAUGUGAGUAGUGAAGAUGAUUGGAUACCGGGACAAGAUGUUCAGGUCAACUACAAGGCGAUUCUCGAAAUCCUAACUGCAACUUUAGAUUCGCAUCUGGAGGAGGAUGGCCUGCUGGAGAGUUUGCGGUGGAUAGUCUCAUUUCUAGAUAUCUGCCCUGAGGAGGUGCUACCUUUCACGCCCAAAAUCCUGGCUCACCUGCUGCCGGCCAUGGCUAGCGGUGUAGAGCCCAUACGCCAGGCCGCAGGGCGGGUCAAUACUUCACUCAUGGAAUAUGUGGUUUCCCUAACCGACGAGUCUGACGCGUCACCCAGCCAGCCGCCAUCGCGGUUACCAACGUCUCUCCCCGCUGACCGUACCGAGGGCACGACUAGUGCACGAGCCUCUCUUUCUAGUUCACGGGAGGUUGACGUACAAAGUCCGACACCAGCAAACCACCCCAGAACACCGACACCAGCCGGAUCUGUUGUGAAUCCACAACCUGAUUUGGAUUACGCAGCUGCCGUACAAUCACUGACCUUGUUAUUUCUCAAUGACCACGAGGCUACGCGCGUCGCGGCAUUGACAUGGCUCAUCAUGCUACACCGCAAGGCACCACGCAAAAUUGUUGCCUUCAAUGAUGGUACAUUUCCUGCUCUGUUGAAAACCCUGUCGGAUCCAUCCGACGCUGUCGUGAAAAAGGAUUUGCAACUUCUGUCACAGAUAUCUAGGAAUAGCGAAGAUGACUAUUUCUCCAACUUCAUGGUCAAUCUCUUACAGCUUUUCUCUACUGAUCGAAAGUUGUUGGAGUUGCGAGGCAAUCUGAUUAUCAGACAACUUUGUACCAACCUUAGCCCAGAGCGUAUAUAUCGUACGCUAGCAGAGACAAUUGAGAAAGAAGAAGACCUUGAGUUUGCUAGCAUAAUGGUUCAGAAUCUCAACAAUAAUCUCAUCACUGCGCCGGAACUUGCCGACCUUCGCAAACGACUUAGAAACCUGGAGACCAAGGAUGGACAGAUGUUCUUCGUUGCUCUGUUUCGGUCCUGGUGUUAUAACGCCGUGGCCACGUUCUCUCUGUGCCUGCUUGCGCAAGCAUACGAGGCUGCAUACAACCUGCUCCAAAUAUUUGCGGAACUCGAAAUGACUGUCAAUAUUCUCAUCCAAAUCGACAAACUCGUCCAGUUGAUCGAGUCUCCCGUGUUCACAUAUCUUCGUCUACAGCUUCUUGAGCCCGAAAAAUAUCCUUAUCUAUAUAAGUGUCUAUAUGGACUACUCAUGCUUCUACCACAAUCCUCUGCCUUUGCCGCGCUCAAGAAUAGACUCAAUAGUGUUAGCACCAUCGGAUUCCUGCACACUGGCCCACGACCUCCUGUCUCCACCCCCAGUACAUCUGGCUAUGAUCGGCCGAAUAGGUUAGGUAAAGGCCGCGAAGAUGGUAUCAUUCGCUGGGAUCAGCUCCUCGAGAAAUUCAAGAGCGUGCAAGAAAGAGCAAGACGAGCUCAGCGGUCGGUGGGUGGAAGAAAUUUCGAUGACAGAUCAGACUUGAACGAGUUGCGAAUUAGCGACAGCGCAGGGGCCAAGGAAACGGCGCGUCCUCCUACCGUUACAGGACCACCUGUACCACAGAAAGAUGCUACUACGACGGCGGCGCCACCUAGACGUAUCGGCCUAGGGAGACAGUUUGGUAGACUAGGGGCAACAGUAGCGGGCCGCGGGAAGCGACAGCCAUAGCGUUAACUGGGGCUGACCUCGGUUUGUGGUUGGUAAGGGAGGGAUCGAGGAAGAUUGCGUGGUUUGGCUACCCUUACAUGUACAAAAGCGACGAAGAGUUAUUUGUCAUGCGACAUCAUUGGAACAUCA